AUGAAUAAGCGUGAUAAUAGCAAGGACAAAGAACGACAGAGUGAAGACAAAAGAACAUCCGCAACCGGUGCGGUGGGCGGGCGUGGAGUGGGCGGCAGCAGCGCAAUGCAUACGUCGAGGCAUUCCGUCACCUCGUCUUCGGGCGUUCUUAUGGUGGGGCCUAAUUUCCGCGUCGGCAAAAAGAUCGGCUGCGGAAACUUUGGCGAACUUAGGCUCGGCAAAAAUCUCUACAACAAUGAACAUGUAGCGAUUAAGAUGGAGCCUAUGAAAUCAAAGGCUCCACAAUUGCAUCUAGAAUACCGAUUUUACAAGUUAUUAGGCACGCAUGCGCCGUCGACUGCAGAGGGCAUACCGGAGGUGUAUUACUUCGGCCCUUGCGGUAAAUACAACGCACUGGUGAUGGAACUGCUGGGCCCGUCACUCGAGGAUCUCUUCGAUUUAUGCGGCCGUCGAUUCUCUCUAAAGACUGUAUUAAUGAUCGCUAUGCAGUUGUUACAUCGUAUCGAGUAUGUCCAUACAAGACAUCUCAUAUACCGAGAUGUAAAACCGGAAAAUUUUUUAAUAGGUAGAACUGCAACAAAAAGGGAAAAAAUCAUUCACAUCAUUGAUUUUGGUUUGGCCAAAGAAUAUAUAGACUUAGAGACAAACAAACAUAUCCCAUACCGGGAACACAAGUCACUCACAGGGACUGCGAGAUACAUGUCAAUAAAUACACAUUUAGGAAAAGAACAAUCAAGACGCGACGACCUAGAGGCUCUUGGGCAUAUGUUUAUGUAUUUUUUACGUGGUUCCUUACCCUGGCAGGGUUUAAAAGCUGAUACACUUAAAGAGCGAUACCAAAAAAUUGGUGACACCAAACGAGCGACGCCUAUAGAGGUGCUAUGCGAAGGCCAUCCCGAGGAGUUGGCGACGUACUUACGCUACGUGCGCCGGCUCGACUUCUUCGAGACUCCCGACUACGACCAGCUGCGGCGAAUGUUCCGUGAUCUCUUUGAGCGCCGCGGCUACGUGGACGACGGCGAGUUCGACUGGACUGGCAAGACCAUGUCAACACCAGUGGGUUCGAUCCAGACGGGACAUGAGAUAGUAGUCUCACCCAAUCGCGACAGUCAUCAGCCCUUUCAUAAGGAUGAUUUGUGUGAUUAUAUGAUUGGUUUGGUUGAGGACGAUGAGGCGGCGCUAAUAUCCGGAGAGAUGGCAGCGCUGGCGAAGACGAAGGAUUUCGGUACAGGUGGUACGGCGAACACGGGCGGUAACUGGCCACACAGCGGGAAGGCGACGCCGCUUAAUACUGGCCAUCUCACGCCCGCAGACAGACAUGGAUCUGUGCAGGUGGUGAGUUCAACGAACGGCGAGCUUGGCGCAGACGACCCUACCGCAGGCCAUAGCAACACUCCAAUCACCCAGCCGCACCACGAGGUGGACGUGGUAGACGACACCAAGUCAGUGUUCCAACUAUGCUGUUGUUUCUUCAAACGCAAAAAGAAGAAGUGCGCGGCGCGGGCCGGCAAGUGA